AUGCCCUUGGCGAUAUCGAUCGAGGCUGGUCCUACUUCAGCGAGUCAUUCCCAGUUUCUUGUCUUCACAGCACAUGCUCAAGUGCCGGCGCAAACAAUCUCCCACAUUUGUGAGGUCUUUUUCAUGAAAACCAGGGACACCCGUGAUCAUACCCGCAAAAAGCCGUUCCACGAUAACGCCAAACUCCAACAGCCCGCAAGCCUAUCUUGGAAUAAAAUGGCAUAUGGCAUAAUGGACACACAUCCGCUUCAAUGUGCAAGCUUGAUCGGUGCCACAUUCCACCUGCUCGAAACAGGCGGAGGCGGAUGUAUUGACAGGCUAAACCAAAGUCAGGGCCUCAAAACCCUAUGUCACCGUGGAGAGAAGCAGAAGGCCGACGGCGAUCUUCAAGAGGCUAUCGCUGUCAUAAACACAAGAUUUGAUGCCAUGCCUGACAAUGCAAAAUACCAAAUUGAUUGUUUGAGAAUACCGGGGUAUAUUUCCAUCCUAUGGUACAACAUGCGAGAGUAUGUGAAUGGUCUGGUGAAGGCGGCCGACAGAUAUAGAGAAGCCGUGAUCCUUUUCCCGACAUUUUGUGCUCGGAGAUUGAGCUACUUCUCAAUGUCCGAAUUGCUUCAUUGCUUCAAUUGCCUGGAGUCACGCGGACGUUACUACGAGGUUCUCACCACAAAGUGGACAGGCAGGACGCGUAAAGGGCAAGAGAAAUAAGUUACUGAGUGGUCUCAGAUUAUGCACCAUGACAUAUCUUUCAACCCAUCGAACUUGCGGGCAAAUCCUUGCCCUGGAGGUUAUGCGCCAGUCCUUGCAAGAGCUCGAUAGAUGUCUCCCCACCAUUGGCCUGUAUGAGACAGUCCUCCGCCCUUUGAAGAAUAUAAUCAACAAAGCAGUCGUUCCUGCGGCUGAUAUAUAAGCCUUCGAAACAUAUUGUCAACUACUGCAUAGAUUCGCCUCACUAAAGGGCUCUUCCCAAUGGAAAAAGCAUUUUGGCUAAUGCGAAUCAUUCUCUUGUUUCUGGGGUAUGUGAACAGUCACUCGGAAAUGGCAUGAU